ACGUCAUCAUACUGCGACAGCUCACGUGCUCGUUUCUCUUGUGGGUGGUACUUAGAAGGUCCUUGGUCUCCGUGACUUCUCAUUGGUCAGUCUUAUCAUGAGUGACAAUGAUGAGGACAUGCCUACUCUGUCAGCCCACACUUUGGCUGCACUGCAAGAGUUUUAUGCUGAGACCCUGGCUCUCCAAAGCCCGAACCCUGAGCCAGCUCAGCAAUUUGUAGUGGGGGCCCUGGAGGAAGACUGGGGCCUGAGUCAGUUCUGGUACAGCGAGGACACGGCCAGGCAGCUUGCAGAGGAGCUGGUGCAGGAGGUGGGGCCUGGAGGAAGGAUAGCAUGUGUGAGUGCACCCAGCGUAUACCAGAAACUGAAGCAGGGAGUCGUUGCGGGGUCAGAGGACGUGUCAGUGCUGCUGCUGGAGUACGACCGCAGGUUUUCCUCGUAUGGGGACGACUUCAUCUUCUACGACUACCACCAGCCCCUGGCUUUCCCUGCUCAUAUCCAGCCACACAGCUUUGAUGUGGUCCUGGCUGACCCGCCCUACCUCUCACAUGAGUGCCUGAGCAAAGUGGCCCAGACCGUGCACUACCUGGGCAAAGGCAAAGUGCUGCUGUGCACUGGGGCAGUAAUGCAGAACACAGCCAAAGAACUGUUGGAUGUGGACAUCUGCGAUUUCCUCCCUCAACAUCACCGUAACCUUUCCAAUGACUUCCGCUGCUACACCAACUAUCCCUCAUCCCGGCUGUCAGCAGGGGCGACCACCGGAAAGAGUUAAGUGGGCCCUUUUCUUU